AUGGUUUACUCGCCCUCCAUGUACCUCGUCGCCUCCGCCGUGGCCGCCGUGGUUUUGAAGAUGCAGCAAGCUGCUGCAACGUCGCUGGAUUCUGAUCCAUUCGUCCCUGAACAAUCGACCGACUACGCGAUCUAUUUGAGUAAGGAAGUCCCUACCAAGACCUGCGAGUACAAGUCUGUUCCUGACUUGACGCUACCGGACCUGUCCACCAUUCCGUCGAUUGAUGCGCUAUAUCCGGACCUAUUGUCCAAUCAGUCCGCAAUUCCCGAUGCCGUCUAUCUGAAGGCUGGCAUUAAUGUCGUGAUCAGUGACUACACCGACGACCUUGAUGCUUACACGUACGCGACCUCGGGGGCGGUGCCAAAUUUAGUGACCCAGGGCUCUUCGAUUGUGCCUGCCACUAUGACUGACACGAAAUCACCCACAGACUGUGCCACUGGUUGGGACAAGCCCAUAACUCUCAAUACCGAUAACAGCAUCGUCUCCGGUAAUAUGGUCGAAGAGACGACUCAUGUUGGACGUCGUCUAACGGAAAACGAUAACGUGCAAAUUGUUGCACUGGAGAAAUACUUCCAUAAGAAAAUGGUGAGGAUCUUGGCUGAUCUUCCGACUGAGGCUUCAUAUAAAAAUACACCGUGGGGCGGGCCGUACUGGGCGGCCUACGAGGACAGCAUUAACGUCAACAUUUUCAAGACUGAGUAUUUCCCUGUCUCUGCGAAGUACGCUACGGCUUUUAACUUGAACGUGAAAGACUUUAUGGACAAGAUUUCCAAGGAAGAGGGCAUCGACCAGGAGUUUUUAGGUAAUACAGUUAAAACACCGUGUUCAACGCAGGAGACCUGCAAUAAACUCAAGGACGGUAGUGUUUGCUCCAAGCGUAAGGGCCAAAAUUCCGGUUAUUGUUUCCAAAUGUGGUGGGGUAUGUGCAACUCUUGGGCGAGUGCAGCGAUUUUGGAGCCAGAGCCGCAAUGCGUCGUCAAGUACAACAACGUUUCGUUUCGGCCGAUAGAAAUCAAGGCACUGCUGACGUAUGUAUACGAGAGAGCCCAGGUUGAUCACGUCGCGGCUGGUGCUCGUUGUUCUAAUCUUAAAGAAGAAAAGGACGAGUUUGGCCGUUCCACGUCUCCUUGUUUCAAUGACAUGAACCCUGGCUUCGUCCACAUCGCCAUUGCCAACAUCAUAGGAUUGCUCGGCAAAACGUUCAUAGUGGACGUUGAGCCUGGCCUCCCGGUGUGGAACCAUCCCUUGCGCGGUUACAAGGUGCUCGAGCAGACUAAGAUGUCUUUGGAGGAUGCAGCUCGAAACUUCUACGGCCGAAAGCAGUACCCAUGGAACGCAAAUGCCAAGAGCAUCGUAUACAUGAAGACUCGUGUGACGUGGAUUACUGAGGCAAAGGAUGACGGCCCUCUGGUGUCCACCGGCGCAAUUGACAAAUUCACGAAGGGUAAUGUUCUCUCCUACCUGUUGGAGAUGGAUGACCAUGGCACGAUCAUUGGCGGUGAGUGGUUGCAUAAGUCGCUUACCGAUCACCCAGAUUUCAUGUGGUUUCCCACCCGUAAGCCUGCCGAUAAGUUCGUGUUGAAGAAUGGGAUGAGAUACGACAACGUGAUAAAGCUUCUGAAGAAGUCAGUGGCAUGCUCUGAUACACAGUAG